GAGCAGCAGCGUCACAUGUUGUUUUUCUCCAGGAUCCGAUCAGUCCCCACUGCACUGUUGCCUCUACCGUGGCCAAGGACACAUCUACAGAAGUGUGCCAUGGAUUAGAUUUUGAAAAAACGGGAUAUCUUUAAAGUUUUUUUGCAACGAGUUUUUUUUAUUUUUCGGUUAUCUGGACAUUGAAAAGAGAAAAAAUGGCCAGUCCGCCGGCGACGGGAGGACACCUGUUAUCGAAUGGGACAUACGGAGUGAAGAAGUGCGGAUACCUGAGGAAGCAGAAACACGGGCACCGGCGCUUCUUCGUGCUACGGGAGCCGACGGAGCGCUGCCCUGCGCGGCUGGAGUAUUAUGAAAGCGAGAAGAAAUGGAGGAACAAGUCCGCUGCAAAACGGGUCAUCACUCUGGACACAUGUCUGUGCGUAAACAAACGGGCCGACGCAAAACACAAGCACCUCAUCGCCCUCUACACCAAGGACGAGUACUUCGCCGUGGCUGCAGAGAACGAGCAGGAGCAAGAGAGCUGGUACUCGGAUCUGACUGAUUUGAUAGCCGAGGGGAAAGUGUACGACAGCCCUGCUUCUACCUCCUCUUUAGUGGGCUUUGAGGAAGCCAACUACGGACUCAUCACUCCUGCAUCAGCUGCCUAUAAGGAGGUGUGGCAGGUCAACUUGAAAUCCAAAGGUCUGGGUCAGAUCAAGAACCUCACUGGAGUAUACAGGCUGUGUUUGUCCAGCAGGACCAUCAGCUUUGUCAAACUGAACUCAGAAACAGCUGCUGUCAGUUUACAGCUCAUGAACAUCAGGAGAUGCGGACACUCUGACACCUUUUUCUUUAUAGAGGUGGGUCGUUCAGCUGUCACUGGGCCUGGGGAGUUUUGGAUGCAGGCAGAGGACUCAGUGGUCGCACAGAACAUCCAUGAGACUAUUCUUGAGGCCAUGAAGGCCAUGAAGGAGCUGUCUGAGUUCAGGCCGCGCAGCAAGAGCCAGUCCGCCAGCACUAACCCCAUUUCUGUUCCCACACGACGCAACCUCAACAACCUCCCCCCCAGUCAGACAGGCCUGGUGAGGAGAUCCAGAACAGAUAGCAUGGCAGCAAACUCCCCAGGGAGGAAAUUCACAUCAUGUCGGAUAAGAACAGCCAGCGAGGGGGACGGGAGUGUGACCCGGCCUGUGUCCAUGUCCAUAUCUGUGAACGGGAGUCCCACCAGUCCCAACUCUGGGAAUCUCCUCAUCAGGUCCCACACGCUCAGCAGUGGACGCACCUGCAGGAUGCUGGAGUCCUCCUCCAACCUGCACCAUAGCCGGUCCAUGCCGGUGUCCAACUCCCCACCUGGCACCUCAAGCCCCAUUAGCAUGUCACCCAGGGGGGCCAGCAUUUACACUCCUGACAAAAUCCGGCGGCCUUUUAGCUGCAGCGCCUCCAUCUCUGGCUCCCUCAGUGACACUGGCUUCAUGCUGUGUGAUGAUUACAGCUCCAGCCCAAGUGAACCCAGAUUCCUCCCCCUGACCCGCAGCGACACCCCCGACUCCCUGUCCAGCACGCCUCCAUCCCGGGACAUCAACGACCCCUGUGGCUACAUGAUAAUGGAGGGGGGAAAUGGCAGCAGGUCCGAGGCAUGUGACAAAGCUUACAGGAAGCGAACGCACUCCCUCACCACGCCACGUCAACAGAGGGCAGUGGCGCCGCUGGCUUCCGCCUCCCUGGAUGACUACACGCUCAUGAGGAUGGCCCACGGGCAGAACUCUCACUCCGCAUCGCCCAAAGUGUGCUACCCUGAGGAUUACGGAGACGUUGAAAUCGGUUCCUCCAGGAGCUCCAGUAGUAACCUCGCUGAUGAUGGCUACAUGCCGAUGACGCCAGGUGUAACGGCCCAGUCUGGCAAAGUAGACUACAUGCCCAUGAGCCCAAUGUGUGUCUCCGCACCGAAGCAGAUUGUGAACCCCAGGGUCCAUCCCCCGGCGACUGUGAGCGGCGGCUACAAAACCAACUCCCCCUGCAGCAGCUCUCUGGAGGACAGCGGCUACAUGAGAAUGUGGUGUAGCUCUAAAUCCUCCAUGGAGAGCUUGGACAGGAACGGCGAAUACAUGAACAUGUCGCCUGGAAACCCACCUCCACUCCAGACCCCCCCUGAUUACUACUCGGGCCUGCUAUCUGGGGAGCAUGCAAUAGUGAGGUCAGCUUACCAGGGUGGCUCUCUCACACUCCCUGCUAAGCUUCAGGCCUCCAAGAAUGAAGAGAGUAACCAGUAUGUGCUGAUGAGCCCUCAGAGUUUGAGGCAGAGGGUGGGGGAGUCCGACUAUUAUUCAGUGAUGCAGCCCAGUGCAGCCCAGACCUCACCUCUUAGCCCCUCCAUUCCCUCCCCAGUCAGACAUGGCCGGGCAGAGAGCCUGCCCUACAGAGGGAGGCUUGGCAGGCCCAACAGACUUUAUCUGGACACUCUGAGGACCCUGCCCAGCAUGAACGAGCACCCCCUGCCCGGAGAACCCAGGAGCCCCGGGGAGUACAUCAACAUUGACUUCAGCUGCGCCAGAUUCUCCCCACCCUCCAAUGUAUCCGCGGAGAGCCAGUCUUCAUCACUGGGCUCCAGCAGCGGGGGCCCGGGGAGGUCGUCUCUGUCAGACUACAUGAACCUCGAGCUGGGCUCACACUCGCAUAAGGAGGCACACACUCCCGCUGAGCGCUUGGACACACUCCCAGAGUUAUCUAUGUGCUCAGGGGAGGACAGAGUGUACCAUCUGGAGAGUGAGAACGGGUCUCGGGGCCUCUGUGAAGAUGGGAAAAAUGACUACACUGAGAUGACAUUUGGGAUGACCAGCUCACCACCACAGCUUGUUCCUCAGAACCCUGCAAGCAGCCUGAGCAGCAGGGAGAGGAGGCUCUCUCUGGAGGAUCAGGGAGUCUCAGAAGGCAUUGGGGCCUUCCUGCUCGGGACCACCUCUUCCUCCUCAGUUGACCCCGACUGCUCUGCCAAGGUGAUCCGGGCCAAUCCGCAGGGCCGUCGGCGCCACAGCUCCGAGACCUUCUCCUCCACCGCCACAGUGACGCCGGUGUUCCCCUCUUUCGCCCGCGGUGACAUGGUGAAGAGGCACAGCUCGGUGGAGAACAUUUCGUCCCGGAGCAGCGAGGGGUCCGACGAGGAGUACGGCAACAGCCCUGUGAACAGGCAGAGCUCGGCCGCAUACGCCAACAGGCUGAACUACAUUGCCUUGAACCUGCUGGACAACAGGGACGUGGAGAAAUGCGAGGACCUGGCUGGCUUCAAAACCACCAGCAGCUGCAAAGGGGGCAUCAAUGGAUUACACAGCUCACCCUAUGUCUGUUUGGGAUUCAAGGAGGCUGCAACCACUGCCAAAGACUGAAGGUCUCGUCUAUCCUCUGACUUGGCGUCUUCACCAAUCUGCUGCUGGAAACAAGAAAUCUACUUUGCCCUACCACUGGGCCCUGUUGCCCUAAAAGACUGUCUUGACCCUCAGCAUCACUCACACACACACUUACGAAACAAGCAGGUCAUCGUCUAUGCAUGUCAUGAAUUCGCUGAAGGCAACACAGGUGUGUGUGUGUGUGUGGGUGGAUGUGUGUAUUUGUGCAUCAUGUUCACUGCGCUUUCAGAGGCCAUUUUUCAUGUGACCCACAUUUUGGCGCAAGCACAGAAGCAAAGAUAGUCAGACUAUAACAAAAGUUGAAUGGUACCCUGGUACUAUUUAUUUACUUGAGGUUAGUUUUAUGACUGCCUGUAUGAGUGCGAGUGUGUUUCUGAGACGAAUGACGACCAACCUGUAUGACAGUGGAAAAUGAAAAUGGCACAGGGAGUGAAACCAAGGUACACUGAGUAUAUAACUAUAUUUAGAUGAGAUAUGUUAUUUAUUUUUGGAAGAUGAAUGUUUGAUAAGACCUACCCAAUGCCUUAAUGUCUAUAUUGUCCUUAUGUUUUCUAUGAGAUAAGAGAUACAUAUUCUAUUAGUCUGUUUUGACCUCUAUAUUGUUAUUCUAUUGUGGAAAUUAAGCUUAAAAUAUGAUUUCAGAAAUCCAGAGUACAUCGGGGCUGCUUGACUUCUGAUUUAUCUUAUCGAUUUUAAAGUAUUUUCUUAAUUAAGAAUUUCUUAUUUAUUCUAACUUAGUUUAUUUUUUUGUCCCAUCGAAGCGAUGGACUUACAGAAAUAUAUUUCUAAAUGUCUUCAAGAGUUAUGCAUGUCUUUGUGACUCAGCUCAGACCCCACAACACCAGGCAUCUGAUUGCACUGUACCUCCCACAGUUCCUCACUUGAGCCUGAAAACCUCACACACUCCUACCUUCAAACCUAUGGACUGCUGUUGGGCAAAAUGCAGGACACCCUGCUGUGAUAUUUUGACAGUACAACUGUAAAGUUAUAGUGACGACGCAGGGGCGAUGGAGCCAAUGAAAAUUGUCAGGGUUGGGGCACAGUCGAGACGUUUUCUGGUCAUCCAAUGAGGGCUAAAGUAAGGGGAAAGGGGUUGGCAGUGGGGGACAAUCACUAAAAAUAAAAGGGAGGCUAACAUGGAGAUUUCGUUUUGAUUCCAUUCAACAUUAUACAAACUCCACAACGGCCUCCAGUGGGUUAUAUUAUCCGAAAGCCCUCUAAGCUCUCCUGACUUUGUGGCUUUUGCGUCAUCCACUGUGCCGACUCCAACUGGCUCACAACCUCUUCAGUGUACAGGAGAUUGUACAAAUGAAAACCAUGUCUGAAUGUAUCGCUGAACUGGUGGGAACAACACACAAAACACUAAGUGGAAAACGGUUUUGACAGAGUUUAAUAAUAUUGGAGCUAAGUUGUAUUUAUCUGCAGAUUCUUGAAGGUGUAUAUUUUGUACAUAGAAAGAGUUUAACUAAAACAAUCUAUUGAAAAUACAUAGAAUAUUAGAUUUUAUGUUGCAAUGAUAUUCCUGUGUAAAGACUUUGGCUACAGAUUUCUAAAGGGGACGGGGGUUUUGCUUCGGGGUUGUACAGGUUAUUGUAUGCUUUUCUCCCUCACAGUCUCUGUGACUAUAUGAAAAAAUACUGUCUAUUUUAUUAAAGAGAUAUCUUUGCCUUGUUGACACACUUUACCCCAAUGGCAUAUGCAAUAGUGACAUGAAUACAAUCUAGUUUACAACCGUGGAACCAAAUGUAACAUUGCAUUGAUGAUUUAUUUUCUUUUCAUUGCGAGCAGAAGCUGCUUUACUCCUUGUACAUUUCUCUCUCUGCCAAGUGUUUCGUUUUUGUCGCUGGGAAUUUUUGUUCUUGACAUGUUUCAGAGCGCUUUCCCCAUUUCUGUGUCCAUGGACGGAAUCAGACUGACCUUCAGUCUGACGUGUCGUUGUCUUCCAUUGUACAUAAUUCAAUAUACUGUUUAUUGUGAUGCUCACAAGAGAUAAUGAUUUAUAAAUUCUGGUAGUCCAGUAUUGCUUUUGUCUGUAUUGAUUAUGGAUAGAAACCUACAGAAAUAAAUGAAUUUAUUUAAACCGGUA